AUGUUCCAGACGAAUUGCUCUAACGCGAGUGUGUGGUUGUUGACAUGCAGAUACCGAGUCCUGCGACAACAGACACUGCCGACGCGCAGGCACCGACUUGGUGUAUACGAUGAGUACUCCCAAAUCCCAGCCGCUCAUUCUGGUCCUACCCACCCUCCCCCAUCGCCGUUCACGUAUCCCAGCUCCCGACGCAUUGCUGACUUUUUCGUUGUUGGCUCGGGUAUUGCUGGAAUGUCGUUUGCGAGGAGGAUCUUGCAUAGUGCAGGUGCUGAUGGGCAUGAGGUUAGAGUUACUACGUUGGAAACGAUAGAUGCGUGUUCUGGGGCGACUUGGAGACAUAUCUCACCACCUCUAUAUCAUGACUUCGCCUCGCUCAAGCGUGAUCACAGACAAGCUGUUGCCCAAAAGAUGAUGAAAUUGAGGUUGGCGCAUCUCGAGGAGUUACGAAGCGUCGCGGAACAAGAAGGCAUUCUUGCAGAAUCCGGGAAGGCCCUAGCCGAGGUGGCGCUGGGACGCGAAGUGGAGGGCAAGUUUAGGGAGUGGAUGACGGAGAAUUUCCUGGAUGCGUUGAACAUGUGA